AUGAGCACUAAAUUGGGGCUACGUAGCCCAAGCUUAAACGCACUUCGUCUCCAACGAAUCUUCGAUUUAUUCGACAAAAACGGCGACGGAUUCAUCACCGUCGAGGAGCUAAGCCAGGCUCUUACACGUCUCGGUCUCAACGCUGAUCUAACCGAUCUCAAAUCAACCGUCGAAUCAUACAUCCAACCUGGAAACACCGGUCUCAAUUUCGACGAUUUCUCUUCUCUACACAAAACACUCGACGAUUCAUUCUUCGGCGGCGCCGGAGAAACCGAUGAUUCCUCUCCGGAAUCCGCCGCUGCAGACGAGUCGGAUCUCGCGGAGGCGUUUAAGGUUUUCGAUGAGAACGGUGAUGGGUUUAUCUCGGCUAGGGAGUUGCAAGCUGUUUUGAAGAAACUUGGUAUGCCUGAAGGUGGUGAAAUGGAGAGAGUGGAGAAGAUGAUUGUUUCCGUUGACCGGAAUCAAGACGGUCGCGUUGACUUUUUCGAGUUCAAGAACAUGAUGCGUACCGUCGUUAUUCCUUCUUCUUAA